GAAAGAUUGUAUAAUAUGGACGGUGAGUCUGCUGAAUUUCCUGGGACUUCAAGGGUACCGGGUAUCCAAGAAGAAGACACAGGUAAUGCAACGCAAAGUGAAUUAUUUGGGCUAUGAAAUUAGUGCGGGACAAAGAACUUUGGGACAGGCCCGUAAAGAGGCAAUAUGCCAAACUCAGAGACCUCAGACAGUAAAAGAGUUACGGACUUUUCUGGGAAUGACAGGGUGGUGCCGAUUGUGGAUAUAUAAUUAUGGAUUGCUUGUUAAACCACUGUAUGCGCUGACAGCCACUGAGCAGAAACACCUUGAGUGGAACAAGGAGACUGAAGGAGCCUUUGAGCUACUGAAAAAGGCUUUGAUGUCAGCCCUGGCCUUAGGACUCCCAGAUCUUCUUUUCUCAGUGGGAACACAGGAGAACCGGUACAUCAUGACUGUUUGGAAACCAUCGAAGCAACAUACGCAAGCCGCCCAGACCUGAAAGACAGCCCCAUGGAAAAUGGGGAAACUUGGUUCACAGACGGAAGCAGUUACAUCCUAAAUGGUAAUCUACAUGCAGGAUACGCCAUCACCACCAGC